GGGAGAGGGGGUCUUGGAGAGGGUGGGUCCAAAACCCUGUGUCCUGUGGUGGAGGCUCCACCUUCUUUUCUCAAUACCCACACACUUGCCCCGCAAUGCUCGUAAUUGCAUUGUGGUCCUUCCAAUUUCUGUCUUCCUCCUCGUUACAAUCUCUCGGGGUGCCAUUCUUACGAGGAAUAGUCGGGUUUGCGAGCUGGUGGUACGCAGGGAGGGGCAGGGAACACGAUUCGCUCUGUGUUUGCGACUAUGGUGAUCAGAGCGUCAUCCGUCCUCGCUUCGCCUACCGUUGCGAUUACAUUUGGCACGAAGAAAUGUGAGCGCUCUGUGGUUGGGAAAGUCUCUGCCGAAGGGUUUAAAGCAUCGGGGUUCCUGGGGUUGAGCUCGUUCGCGGCUGACGUGAAAAGAGUUGCGGUCGUAGAUUCUCGUGAAGCCAAAACAUCAAGCAUUGUUAUGGCGCAGGUUGCAGCUACAGAAGAGGCGACUAAGGCCUCAGGAAUCAAAGUGCAUAAACUCUCUGAACUUAGUGCCGACGAAGUUCGAGGUCUUCGAGCCCGUCCUCGCAUUGACUUCACUUCAAUCUUUGAAACAGUUGGCCCUAUUGUAGAGAAUAUCCGGAGUCGUGGAGACGCGGCUGUUAAGGAGUAUACAAGCAAGUUUGACCGAGUAGAUCUUAAAAGUGUAAUCGAUAAAAUUGAGGACUUGCCUGACCCGGUGCUUGAUCCUGAAGUAAAAGCAGCUUUCGACGUAGCUUAUGAGAACAUCAAGUGUUUCCAUGCUGCGCAGCAGAAGAACCAACAACUUCAAGUGGAAACUAUGCCGGGCGUGAGCUGCAAAAGAGUGCCUAGAGCCAUCAACAAUGUCGGUCUUUAUGUUCCAGGAGGCACUGCAGUCCUUCCAUCGACUACUCUUAUGCUGGCUGUUCCUGCACAGAUUGCCGGGUGCAAGACAGUGGUUGUUGCAACACCACCAAGGAAAGAUGGCUCUAUCUGCCCUGAAGUAUUGUACUGUGCAAAGAAGUCGGGUGUGACCCACAUUUUGAAAGCUGGUGGAGCUCAGGCUGUUUCAGCAAUGGCUUGGGGUACUGAAACAUGUCCAAAGGUGGAUAAAGUUUUUGGACCUGGAAAUCAGUAUGUUACGGCUGCAAAAAUGUUGCUUCAGAAUAGUGAAGCAAUGGUGUCCAUCGAUAUGCCUGCCGGUCCAUCAGAGGUUCUAGUAAUUGCCGACAAGCUUGCUUCCCCCGUUCACGUGGCUGCAGAUCUGCUUUCUCAGGCAGAACACGGGCCAGAUAGUCAGGUGGUCCUUGUAGCAGUAGGUGAUGAAGUAGACAUUGCUGCUAUACAGCAGGAGGUGGAGAGACAAUGCAGAGAGCUACCUAGGGACACAAUCGCUACAUCAGCUCUUUCUCACAGCUACAUUGUUGUUGCGAAGGACAUGCCAGAGGCAUGUGAUUUUUCAAACAUGUAUGCUCCUGAGCACCUGAUCGUCAACGUGGAGGAUGCGGAGCAGUGGUUAGACUCUCUCGAUAAUGCAGGUUCUAUAUUUAUGGGAAGGUGGACACCAGAGAGCGUGGGUGACUACGCCAGUGGAACCAACCAUGUGCUGCCAACAUAUGGUUACUCUCGGAUGUACGGGGGCGUGUCCCUCGAUUCCUUCGUCAAGUACAUGACCGUGCAGUCCUUGACCGCAGACGGCUUGCAAAAGCUGGGGCCUUACGUCGCCAAAAUGGCUGAAGUAGAGGGUCUUGACGCGCAUAAGAGAGCAGUGACAUUGCGACUGCGUGAUAUUAGUGCUUCAGGUCAAUAACGCAUCUAUUGAAGAAGUUUGCAAAUUCUUUAGCUGGAAAUAUCGUCAAAGUUGAGGAUGCUCCCUUUAUGUACUCUUAGAUAUGUGAAUGUGAUCACCUUCGGGUGACUCGCAUAGUCUUUGAAGGGAACAUUAUGUUGAUGGUAAAACCAAAGAAAUUUUGUUUUUGUACCGCC